AUGGCUACAAAGAAACUGGCCAAAGAACUUGGACUGCUGAGGCAGCGCAGUCAGUCCUCAGGAAAGAAACCAAUGGUAUUAAAUCAAAUAUUUUCAUACCUGAUUGUGAUUGAUUUCGAGUCCACUUGUUGGAGAGAGAAAAACAACUACACCCAGGAAAUUAUUGAGUUUCCUGCUGUUCUCUUGAACACGUCGACAGGGGAGAUCGAGUCUGAGUUUCACACGUAUGUUCAACCUCAAGAGCGCCCUGUUCUGUCCGAGUUCUGCACUGAGCUGACGGGGAUCACACAGAUGCAAGUGGAGGCAGGGAUCCCCCUCCAGAUCUGUCUUUCUCGGUUCAGCCGCUGGCUACAAAACCUGCAGCUCCAGAUGGGAGUGGUCUUCCCCAACAGACAACAGAGAUGUUCUGCACCUUCACCCUCUCAAAAACUGUGUACUUUCCUCACAUGGUCAGACUGGGAUCUUGGAGUUUGUUUGCAGUUCGAGUGUAAACGUAAGCAGAUCCAUAAACCUGAUGUUCUCAACAGCUGGAUAGAUCUGAGGAGCACAUACAGGCUGUUUUACAACAGAAAGCCAAAAGGUCUGAAUGGGGCACUACAAGAUCUAGGGAUACAGUUUUCUGGGAGAGAACAUUCUGGUGUGGACGACGCCAGAAAUACAGCUCAGCUGACAGCGAGGAUGAUGAGGGAUGGGUGUGUGAUGAAGAUCACGAGGAGUCUGGACAGGACCCCACCAACGGUCAAACCCAUGUUUGGAAACACACACAAGACAGAAAAACCCAACACAAAUAAAGAAGAAAAUGCAAAUACCACAAAUACACCUUUAUCAUCCAAGAUUCCUCUAAAAUCUGGUCAUAUGAAAUCAUGUACGAAUAGCAAUACGAAGGUUUUAACCACAGAGGAGAACUCAAGCUCAGUUCAGGAGUCUGUUCAAAGCCUGGUGUCACCGAAGACUCUGCUGAAUGGUGCGACGACGCCACUGUGGGGACGCAACAGGAAGAGCAACAGUAGGUCAAUCACAGCAGAGGUUGUCACCAAUCAUCCCUCUUCAGUUAUGACCAAAUGUCCUUCACCAUUCAACAACAACGACAGCAGCAGCCUUGUUAUGUGUUCUACUACUAUCGACUUCUUCUCCCACCUGCCUCAGCAAAACCAGACCUCAAAAACAAGAACAGCAAGAUUUAUGAGGAAAGAGGAAUGUGCAGAACUGUUAGUAGAAACUGAGGACAGGUGUGGCUCGUAUGAUGACGUGGUGUUGGACGGUGAUGAUGCGAGCGUUGAAACCGACAGAGAAUUUGAGUACAUGCCAGAUUUUGACGGCAUGUGUUAUGUGUCGGACGAGCCUGAUGAUUCACAUUCACGAGCGGGUCGGGUCACAUUAAGAGACAAUGUAAGAGAAACUGUGAGCGCUGGAAGUAAAACUCAAAGGAUAGAGACCAGUAAGUCAUCCUCAAUGUCUGACCCUACAAAGGAGGUAAGAUCCCACAUUAAUGUCUCCGGUCAGUUAAAUAAGACGAAGCACCAUUCAACCACCUCAGAGCCAGAAGCUUACUUUGCUGUGCCACAAACUGUUAAUUGGAGCUCCAAAUCCAAGCAGCAGAAAUCAAGAAUGAAAGCUCCGCUACCUCAAGAGAAACCAGCUGUGUCACAUGACAACUCUAAAAUAAACACACCUUCUACGUUCAGGCUGAAGCCCUUCGUCCCAGAGAAAACUUCCACCCCAUAUACCUCAUUUGUCAAACCCAGAACAACCAUCACACAACACACAAAGCACAAAGAGACUCCAAAAUCUUCCUUCAGCAUCUACACUGACUCAGAAAAACAGGCCACAGCUUCCUCCUCUCUUAACUUCUCCAAGAACGUCCUUUCCUCUUUGUCAACCAACACGUUCUCCUCAUCAAUAAAUCAAUCCUCCAUUCCUGUGAAUGUCUCAGAGAAAACUUCCACCCCUAAUAUCUCAUUUGCCAAACCCAAUGCAACCGUCACACAAUACAAAAAGAACAAAGAGACUCCAAAGUCUUCCUUUAGCAUCUUUACCAACUCAGCGAAGAAGGUCGCAGCUCCCUCCUCUCUUAACUUCUCCAAGAACGUCCUUUCCUCUAUGUCAACCAACACGUUCUCCUCAUCUAUCAAUAGAUCCUCCAAUCCUUUAAAUGUCAAGGAGAGAACUUCCACCUCUAUUACCUCAUUUGCCAAACCCAAAACCAACACAUUCUCCUCAUCUAUCAAUCGAUCCUCCGUUCCUGCAACCAUGAGAGGAAGAGGAGCAGGAGGAGGGAAGAUCACUGCCCCACUGUGUGGAUGUGGCCGCCGUGCAAAGCGUCAGGUUGUGUCCAACGGUGGUCCGAACCACGGCAGAGGGUUUUAUUGCUGUGCGGUCCGCCGGUCGGGCAGCGGCAACAGGAUCCAGAAAGGAUGCGAGUUCUUCAAGUGGGAGUCGGCGCUGAUGAAGAGCAGCUCAGUGGUUUCUCCUGCUGUCAGGUCCUCUGUCUCACUGUGUCAGAAUAACUCAACUGUCAGCUGCCGUCCACCACAGAGUUCAUCACUAAGAAAGAGCUACUAAGAGCUGUAAACUGUAUCUGCUCCGUUCUACCUCUUUUACACCUUGAGACACCGUAAAGGCAAACUGUGAUCAAUUCUCACAAA